AAAACUACGCAACAUGGAAUUUGUGAAAAUAGAGGGGCGGAUUCAGGAUUAUUUGAAGUGGGGUCCGGUUUUAUAUAAAAGACUGGUCUGCUGUGAACAAUAGGAUAUUUUAAGCUUCCGGGAAGAAGUUGCACGUAAACAUAUUGAGCGUCGAAUACCGAGAUUCACAGCUGAUAAACUGAAGACACAGAGACAAAAAGACAAACACCUGUUAUCAGUUUAUUCCUCAUGAAAUAGAGAUACACGUGCUACCUUUGGACGCAGCAAAAAUAUUUUGUAGAAACUAAGAAAGGGAGAAAAAAACAAGUGAGAAAAUGGCGACCUUGAAUUCGUCGGGCCAAGGCAAGCAUGCUAGUAUAGAAGAUGACUUCAUGUACGGCUCUAACGUUGCCCAGUCUCAUGUCUAUAUACGAAUGGGAUUCCUACGUAAAGUGUAUGGUAUUUUGGCUGCACAACUGGUCUUGACAACACUCACGGGGGCCCUCUUCAUCAGCGUAGACAGUGUGAAGGGAUUUGUCAGAGAGAAUAACUGGAUGGUCUUGGUGGCCAUCAUCAGCACAUUUGUCUUACUGUUUGCUCUGAUGUGGAAAAGACAAGAGACACCUGCUAAUUAUAUACUCCUGGGACUCUUUACCUUAGCAGAGGCAUACUCAGUUGGUGUUAUUGUUACAUUCUAUGAUGUCAGAGUGGUAUUGGAGGCCUUUGGACUGACCUGUGCCGUGGUCAUAGCUCUCACUGUCUACACUCUGCAGAGCAAGAAGGACUUCAGUUCCUGGGGUGCUGGCCUGUUCUCUGUUCUCUGGAUUCUGAUCUUGGCUGGCUUUUUGCAGUUCUUUUUUCAAAGCCCGAUGCUUGAGCGAAUGAUGUCAAUUGGAGGGGCUGUCCUCUUCUCUCUGUUCAUCGUGUUUGACACACACAUGUUGAUGCACAAGCUGUCUCCUGAGGAGUACAUCCUGGCCUCUAUCAACCUGUAUCUGGACAUCCUCAAUCUCUUCCUCUACAUCCUCAGAAUUCUCCAAGAUGGGAGAAAGUGAGGGCGACUUACCUGACAUCUAUACUUGGAAAUUGAGAUCUACAGACCUGACACCUAUAUCAUGGAGCUUGGGUUACUGUGAGAAACUGGUUCUGGACUAAUUUAUUGACACAUGUAUAUGCUCAGAAUACACCUUAGAUGAGAGAAAAUUUAAUUACUGACCUGACACCUAUUCUUGGCAAGGGAAAGCUACAGACCUGACAUCUAUCCUUGGAAAGCAGAAGCUACAGACCUGACUUCUAUACUUGAAGCAACUGUUUGGCACCUUUAUAUUGGACCUGGGUGGACUAUUUGCUUCGUGCAUAUAUAUUCAGAUAAACAGUAGUUCUGCCUCUUGCUAAUUUGUUAAACACAAGAGACUAAUGCUAUGACACCAGAUACUUAAACACUACCAGUUUUAUAUUUAGAUAAAUAGUGAAAACAGGUGCUGUUUAUUACAUUUCACAGAUAUGACUUUAGUGUUAACAUUAAGCGUGUGAUUGUUCAAGAUUAUUGUUAUAUUAAUUAAAUGCAGUUCCCGUGAAAAACUCCUUUAGGACAAUAUUUUAGGGUAAUGUGUGAAAAUGUAAAAGCUUAAUGCGCAGUACUCAGGUUCACAUAUUCUAGAAGGUGGUUGUUUUUGGGGUUGUAUGUAUAAAUGCAAUGCAAUUUAAUAUUUUUGGUGAAUGUUCAUAUGUUCUAGUUAUGUAUUUACCCAAGUAAUAAAAUACAUGGUUACUUUGUAUCUGAAAACUAACCAAAGAGAAAUCAACAAUUUUCACAUAUCUGAGCACUUCAUAAAAAUGUCACCAUGAUUAAAGCUAAGAGCAUGAUUAGCACACAACAAUCAAAAUCCAAAGCAGAAUGUUUUUCUUUCUUUUCUUUUCUAAAGGUGGUGGAGCAUUUUAGAGGCAUUUGAUUAUUAUAAUAAGUAUCAAGGAUUAGUUAAUAACAGGUAGAUUAAAUAGGGAGGUAUGGCAAGAUUCACUUAAUGUUAUUUUCACAAGGUGAGCAAGGGGGGGUAUAGCAUUCCAUAAAAAAAGACAUUUUUUAAAAUAGUAAUUUUAAGGUGGCAAAUUUUUGUUCAAGUGGAAAAAUGAUGGUGCUUUUCUGUGAUUUGUUGUUAUAUAUGUAGUCGUAAAUAAACUUUUGGUUGGGGCACACUCUUGUACCUUGGAAACGACCGACCUGCCACCUAUAUUUCAAGUAAUUGUGUUCAUUUGGCUCUUGGUGUGCAACUUGUCUUAUGUAAAUACUUUGGGAUCCACUAUAACUUAUUUUUUUGAUUAGCAUUUGAUAACCGUUAGGACGUCUUUGCUUGGUUAAUAUCAAAUAUAUUGCGUUAUCUCUUUUGUUUAUUAUUAAAUAAUUGAUAAGUAAAUAAUAUUUUUCUGUAUUUGACUAUACAGUCCUGAAGCACAGCAUGUAUGUUGUGUGUAAAGUUCUUACCUUAAUUGUUUGUAUGCCAUGUGAAAAUUGUGGUUCCAAAGAUAAUGGGGGUGGUUUUGAUCGGGAAUUUUUGGCUAUUUAUACAUAAUUGGGAUAGCCAAGAUGUUAUUAGGGGAUAUGGAAAGUAUCUUUGUUGAAGGCUGCAAGUUGUUGUUUUUGAACUUAAUAAAUUUUGG